AUGGAGAUAAUGAGGCAAGGUCGAGUUAUUUUGGACAAGCGACCGCUUCCUUACUCGACUUCGACCUCUGUCAGUAUGGCUUCCAAUGCAAAUCCCCGACCUCGUCUUCCUCGCCGAGCCACAUCUAAUGUCCGACCUGCCUCUUUUGCUCAUCUCGUUCGUCCCCGGGCUGCCCACACAACCCGGCCUGCCGCCACCGCUCGCCCCCGGGUUGCGUGUCCACCCCAACCUGCCGCCCCUGUCCGUCCCCAGGCCUCGACCCCAGCCCAAUCCUUCACCCCGACACUUCUCCAAUCAAUCCCUUCCCCAACUACUUAUGUUCCUGGUCGUGGCCUCGGUCAAAGAGCCAACGUGCAUUACGCCAGCCCUGCCUUCAGAGAGGCUUCUCAGGCAGCUCGUCAGGCCCGUUCUGUAAAUGAUCGCUCGGGUCAGGAUGCCCCCACUUCUUCUCGACGCAGGGUUCGGUUGCCUUCCGAAGACUCUGAUUCGGAUGACCAACCUUUGACCCAGAGACUUCACCGUAGGGCCCUUGAUGCCAUGCCAGACUCAGGCCCUUCCACUGUUCCUCCAUCGCCUCCUACAGCAACCCCGACUUCUGUCCCGAGCCAGGCAGAGGCUCCUCCUGCUCCGCCUAAUAUUCAGGUCGAGCCUCCGUUGGCUCAACCUUCCACCUCGCAGCAGCGUCAGAGCAAUGAAGUUGGCCCCUCAGAUCUCCCUUCACUAGUUACCCCACCACCAGAGCCUCCUCAGGAUGUUCCCACCAGCUCCCUCAAGAUAAAAGGUCGUUUGGCCACUUUAUGGGAAGAGAGCCUGCGGCAGAUGGACUCCUUGCCCCCUGCCCAGAUGGAAAAAUUUUCAGAGUUGUAUAUCAAGAUUGAGGGUCUUCAAGAAGAAAGAAGCCUGGCUGAGGUUGUGCAUCAACAACACAUGGACCAACAAUCUUUGGAGCAUCAGCGGGCUAUCAAUCAACUGACCCAAAAGCUGCGGGCCGCUGAAGCUUUAGCGCAAGAGCAGGACCAGAAAUUAAAGUCUCAGGCGACCCAAUUGACGUCUCAGGAGGCAGAACUCUUGGCAGCCCGGACUGAACUAGCCCAGGCCCGAGCUACUGCUGAAGGAGUAUCUACCACCCUGACUAUUUAUAAGGUCGGGGAGGAUGAUCGCUGCAGACGAAGUCGCGACCUGUACCUGCGUUCCCCAGAGUUUUGUACACAAGCAGGACAGUGUUUCUCUACUUCUGUUGUAUAUGGUGCGGCCGGGUCCCUACGACAGCUCUAUGAACAGGACUACCUAAAAUCAGCUCCUCCCGCUGAGUUUUUAGACAUUGAUCGGAUCCUUAAAGAGAUCCCAGAUGAGGUCUUUGCCCCGUUCAAAUGA